AUGCAGCAUUCAAACAGGCGUGUAAACCUUAAAGCUACAGGUUUACGAGGUGCGUAUCGAGGACGAGCUGUUCGGAGACAGAUGUCAGAGCAGGGCGGUGAGUGUGAGCCUCCCGGGGGCCCCCCUAUCACAGUCACUAUCGGGGCCACUGUCCCCACAGGCUUCGAGCACACUGCCUCCGAGGAGGUCAAGGAGAAGAUUGGAGUGGAGGCUAAAAUAAGCAAAGACAGGGGGAGAAUCUAUUUUUCAAUUACCUCUGAUAACCUUUUCCAGGUUCAUCGCCUAAGGUCUGUGGACAACUUGUUUGUUGUAAUUGAGGAAUAUGACCAUUACCAGUUCAAAGAAUCAAAGGAGGAGACAUUGGAAGAACUGAAGCAGCUUGCUUCCAAACUCCCUUGGACCAAUGCCUUAGAGGUUUGGAAAUCAAAUCGGUCUUUUAAGAAAAAGAAGAGUCACCGCAGGGGAACCAAUAAACCCAAAGUGAAAACCGAGAGCGAUGGUCAAGAGACGUCAGAGGUGGAGGAGAAUGAGGAGCUCCCUGAGCCUGAAGACCAGUCCAGUGCUGAUGCUGAAACGUCUCCUCCUGACCUUGAGGAAACCGCUGAGGCAAAGGUCAUCAAGUUUCGUGUGACCUGCAGCAGAGCAGGAGACAAGCACAGUUUUUCUUCUAAUGAAGCGGCCAGGGAUUUUGGUGGAGCUGUGCAAGAACAUUUUCAGUGGAAGGCAGACAUGACAAAGUUUGACAUAGAGGUUUUACUUAAUAUACACAAUGAAGAAGUUGUCAUUGGUAUUGCUCUCACAGAAGAAAGUUUACACCGGAGAAAUAUUAGUCACUUUGGACCUACCACUCUGCGCUCCACUUUGUGCUAUGGGAUGUUAAGACUGUGUAAACCUCAGCCGUCUGACAUUAUACUUGAUCCAAUGUGUGGAACAGGAGCAAUACCUCUCGAGGGGGCCAUUGAAUUUAACAAUGCUUUCUACAUAGCUGGUGAUAACAAUGACAUGGCAGUUAACCGCACAGUCAAUAAUGUGUUCCACUUUCAAAAACAAAGAGUGGACAAGGGCAGUGCAUCUGGUUUACCCAUUGACACAGUAAGAUGGAACCUCUGUAACUUGCCCAUGAAGACAAGUUCGGUGGACAUUAUUAUCACUGAUAUGCCUUUUGGAAAGAGAAUGGGGUCUAGAAAGAAGAACUGGGACCUUUACCCAUCCUGCCUCAGGGAAAUGGCCCGUGUGGUCAGACCAGGCUCCGGAAAGGCUGUCCUGUUGACACAAGACAAGAAGUGCUUUACCAAGGCGGUCUCUCGGAUGGGCGGCCUGUGGAAGAAGAUGCACACAGUGUGGGUGAAUAUUGGGGGUUUACAUGCGGGGGUCUAUCUGCUCAAACGCACGGCAGGCGAGUUCGGACAGACUCCAGAAGACAUCUAUGUACCAAAGGGGAACGGCGCCGAUCAUAGAGAAGAGAAGGACAACUCUGAGACAUCCUAA